GUUCGUCCAUAAUUUUGAGCUAUAAAAACAAAGGACUCAGCCUAAGGCGAAUUUAAGAUCGCAUUAUAUAUUGGACGAACUAUCACAAGCGAUAUUGUGAACGAUAUUGACAUUCGGUUUAUUAAGAAUUAGCUAUGCCGGAAGAACACGGAAAAACGUACGCAGAAGUACUGAAAGAAACCGCUUCACCUCAGACACGGGAGGAGAAGGCAGCGCCGCCUCCUUUAGAGGUGAAGUCCACCGUUAGUGAUGUCGCUGAAGGUGAAGAAAACACAAAGGUUCAAGUGGUUCCUGAGGAUCAGGCUUCUGAAUACCUCGAAGAGGAAGCUGGCAAUGAGGAGACCUCAGGCUCAGAGCCAGAAAAGAAAAUGAAGAAAAAGAAACGGUCAGAAAAGGUUCAAGACACCGUUCAAGCCAAGUCUGCAUCCAUGCUUGAUUGCUUGAAGAACUGGAUCAUUCCUCUAGACAUUUUCGGAGUCGGUGCAAUCUCAGCUUAUGUUCUCCAGAAACGUCAGGCAGGCACUUUGACGAAACAAGUCCUCUUCACUUGCACAGCCUUAACAGGUGCCCUCAUGGCUACCUCGUACAUUGUUAAGAAAUCGCACAUCCCCGCCAACAGUCCUAAAAGGAAGUCGGGUGGCAGAAAGUAAUCCCUUGAUCAUCAUCCUGCUUCCCUUAAUAGAUUAACGCGAAGCAGAAGAACAAGCGGGCUUCAGAGCUCAACUCCGUGCACCAUCACAUACCAUGUCACACCUGUGCUCCCAUCGACAUUUGUGCCACCUCCUCGCCGAGGGGUGACUUCGUUAACGAAUUUUAUAUUCAAUGAAAUGGAACAAUAAAUAAAGAGAUAGUAAGGUUGCGCGUAUUAGUAAGCCAAACACAACCCUG